AUGUUGGAGAUCUACGGCGACUUGAUGGUGGCGUCCAAGUGCUUCGCCGCAAUACUUGACAAUCAUCAUCCAGCUGAAUGUAACUGGCAAGUUAAGGAGCGGGGAAUCCCGUGCGCUGAAAACCCGGGAAGCCAGCCAGGAUUAAGUAGGUGCAAUUACCUACCGAUACAAACGACCUUCGAACUUUUGCAAUUUUACCAACCUACGGAGUAUCCAGUCUAG